GGAUGGGUGGCAUUACCUGAGCACCUGCAACACUGAGCGGUCCUGGAGUUUGCAGUUCUUUGAGCCCGUGGGGCCCAGGCCCGGUUGCCAUGGACACCGUGUCGCUGGAGCACCAGAUCCAGAGCGCACAACGCCACAUCAGCUUCCUGAAAAAGGAGCAGAUGGCCCUGCUGCGGGACCUGCACCUGGAGAUCCUGCGCCUGCAGAAACGCUGCUCAGAACUGACGCGCGACCUGGAGAUGAGAGAGGCGCAGUCCCACCAGCAAGAGGAGGCGUCCCGGGAGCUGGAGAGCAAGUGCCGGGCCCUGGAGUCGCAGGUGGCGGCGCGGGCCGCGGCCAACGCCGAGCUGCGGCGGGAGGUGGCGCAGCGCGAGGCCCUGGUGACAGCGCUGCGCUGCAGCCUGCGCGCCGAGGAGCGCCGCUUCCUGGAGGAGCUGCGGCGCCGCAGCCACCGCGCCACCGUGCUGGGCACCGAGCUGCAGAAGCACACCGAGGCGGCCGCCUACCUCUCCUGCCAGCUGCACGCCGCGCGCCAGAGACUGCAGGCCCCGCGCCCGGGCCCCUCCGCCGCCGCCGCCGCCGCCGCCGCCGAGCCCCGACCCCGCCGGCGCCCACAGCGGGCCCGUCGCCCGCCUACCGACGCCGCCGCCGCCAAGGGCCCCAGCCGGGACUGGGCCGCCUGGGACCGCGCGGCCUGCGCCCUGGACGACGCCGAGCCCAUGCCCGACCCCGCGCUCUUCCUCAACGCCCGGAGGCCCCCGCGGCCCAGCGGCCGCAGCCCGCGCCAGCCGCCUCCCCAAGAGCCCUCGGACCAAGCCGGCCCACAGCCGGGGCCCUGCCGGAGCCCGCCAGCAGCGCCCGGCCCGCCCAGCGCGCCCGGGGACCCGGAGUAG